UUUAAACCUGGCAUCAAUCAAUUAGAUAUGAAACGCCGUUGCAAUAUGUAAACAAAUGUACUUCGAGACUGUUGUACUGGGUUGCGUGCCAACUGAUUCCGUAAUUAUUCCACCCAAGAACAUCUGAUAGGGAAGAUAUAUCAUCAUAUGAUCACACCAGGAAGUUGAUACUCCAUAGAAAGUGCAUUAUCUCUUUGGCAUGAGCUACUGUAUGUAUUUUGAUAACAAGCUAAAUAUAUAGCCAUCACACCAGCGCGCAACUGGAUUCAUCCUCUUACAAAACUGAGAUGGAGUUUGUGAUCAGCACCACAUGGGACAGCCUUCCUGUGGAUCAUGACCCUGUGAAGGUGACGUUUUCUCCCGGGGAUGGAGGGAUGAAGAUGCAGGUGUCUGCUCCCUUCUUCAACAACCCCCCUGGUCCCUCCGGCCCUCCAGGACAGCCCUUCCCUGGCCUCUGGAACUAUGAAGUGGUUGAGGCGUUCUUUCUGGACAGUACUACUGUGAACUAUCUAGAGGUGGAAGUGUGUCCACAUGGACAACAAUUGGUGUUACUGCUCUCUGGAAGAGGUCACGCAUUCAUGCAACAACUGCCCCUGUCGUUCACGGCAACCAUCACAGGAAACAGGUGGGAGGGUGAGGCUCUUCUCCCCUGGUGUUACUUCCCUCCUAACGUCAACAAGAUGAACUCGUACGCCAUCCACGGGUCCGGGGCGGGGCGUACCUACGAGUCCCUCUACCCUGUCCCCCAGGCUGACCUAGUGGAGGGACAGAAACCCAACUUCCACCUCUUGGAAUAUUUCCAAGACUUUCGCCUGCAAAGCAUCAUGGGAGAGGACUGGGUCCAGCCCGAGUCGGAUCUCUGGAAGGGAAAGUGAUGAGUCGUGAGAACACACACACUGGAACACACACGCGUGAUGACAGCGGGCGCGACCAAAGUCACGGAGGAGGAACAAUCGAUCUUGAUUAGUUAAUGAUGUCAGACUGGAUGAAAUAUGUUAUCAGUUUGUCAGAUGGUAUUAACACCUCACCUCAAACAGCCUUUUACCAACUGCCAGAGGCCUGGUUCAAAAAGUUUUUAUUUUUCUAUGAAUGAAAGUGAGAAUCAAAGUUUAAUAUAUCUGUGCUUUCUGUUUUAUAGAUUUCUGCCUUUUUUUCUGAAAUGAAAGACCAUUGAAUUUGAUCAUUUUCAAUGGUACCUCCAAUUCAUAGCUGGAGUAUCAUUGUUAUUCAAUUAGAUGAAGGCUUAUCAUGACGAGUUUACACUUUUGAUUCAUGGUUUCUUGCAAUGCAUUGAUCAUCACACACCAAUAUGUCUGUAAUUCAUAAUUGUGACCAAUUCUACUGUGCUGAAGCAAGGCUGUUUUUCUUCAAUUAUUCCUGGGCAAAUGGAAAUGGAUUGGCCUCAUCCCAAAUGGCACCCUAUUCCCCGUUUAGUGCACUACUUUUCAAAAGUAGUUAACUACAUAGGGAAUAGGGUGCCAUUUGGGAUGCACACAUUGAGAUAAUUAGUAGUCAGUUGAUAACGGCCAUAUGUGCCUUUUUUGUAAUGAUGUAAAAUGAGCUCUUGAGUCGUCAUUACUUCUGGGAUCCAUAUAGGACUGUUGGCUGAUGGAAUGUUAAUGUAGGUAGAUAGGCUGCAGACGACCUAAUAAAUACACUAAACUGUG